AUACUGUCAACUAAACCAGUCUCUGGAUGCAGUGCUAACUUUGGCAGUAGAAGAAAUGGUUGGAAACUCUCAGAAGAUUGAAGGCAAUGAGGUUUGCUGGGAUGGGUAAUCUUCUUAAGGUCCUUACCAGGGAAAUUGAAAACUAUCCACAUUUUUUCCUGGAUUUUGAAAAUGCACAGCCCACGGAUGGAGAAAGGGAGGUAUGGAAUCAGAUCAGUGCAGUUUUACAGGACUCGGAAAGUAUGCUUGCAGACCUUCAGGCGUACAAAGGAGCUGGACAAGAAAUUAGAGAUGCAAUACAAAACCCCAAUGAUAUCCAGUUGCAAGAAAAGGCAUGGAAUUCAGUAUGUCCUCUGGUUGUAAGGCUGAAGCGCUUCUAUGAGUUUUCACUCAGAUUAGAGAAAGCCCUGCAGAGUUUAUUGGAGUCGUUGACGUGCCCACCUUAUACUCCAACUCAACACCUGGAACGGGAACAGGCUCUAGCGAAAGAGUUUGCAGAAAUCUUACAUUUUACUCUUCGUUUUGAUGAACUUAAGAUGAGAAACCCAGCAAUUCAGAAUGACUUCAGUUAUUACAGACGGACAAUAAGUCGCAACAGAAUAAACAACAUGCAUCUAGACAUUGAGAAUGAAGUAAACAAUGAAAUGGCCAAUAGAAUGUCCCUAUUUUAUGCAGAAGCCACACCAAUGCUGAAAACACUGAGUAAUGCAACUACACAUUUUGUAUCAGAAAACAAAACAUUGCCAAUUGAAAAUACAACAGACUGUCUAAGUACUAUGGCUAGUGUUUGUAAAGUCAUGUUGGAAACACCAGAGUACAGGAGUAGAUUCACCAGUGAAGAGACCCUUAUGUUCUGCAUGCGAGUAAUGGUGGGAGUUAUUAUUCUGUAUGACCACGUUCAUCCUGUGGGAGCUUUCUCAAAGACAUCAAAGAUUGAUAUGAAGGGAUGCAUAAAAGUUUUAAAGGAACAACCACCCGACACUGUGGAAGGGCUUCUGAAUGCUCUCAGGUUCACUACGAAACACCUGAAUGAUGAAUCUACUUCAAAACAAAUUCGAGCUAUGCUGCAGUAGUGUCCUGAGACAAGUAGAUGUUUGUAUUGAUCACAGAAGAUGUGUAUGUUUACAUAAUUUAAUACAGUUUGAUGUUAAUACUUGUGUGUAUUUACAUAACCAUUUCCUUCACAUUGCUAAAAUAUAUGAAUCUGUUCAUAACCUGACUGACUUUAUAUAGCACAGCCUAAGUUUUUAUGCCAGCCUUUAUCUUUGACUUUUAGGAUACUUUUUUACUUAGAUACUUCAACUACUACAGUUUAUCUGUGCAUUUUAAUCCUCAAACACCUCUCUAUCAGCAAAGUAAGUAGUAGUGAAGACAAAGUAGAAAUCAAAUAAAGAGAAAUGUCAAAGACAACACAGAAAAUCAAAUUGAAAAAUGGAGAAAUUUAAUGUAAGGGAAAGUAAAAUUCAUGGGGUAUGCACAGUUUUUUAGUCAGUUAGUUUAUGAAUAGGAGAAUACCUAAAUGUUCAUCACUCUUAUAAGAUACGUUGUCUUUCCUGUAAAAAGUGGAGAUCCACCUAAUUUUAAGGCCUAUAUGCUGGCUGGCAUCCAAAAACCUAUUGCAAAGAGGUCAUUUUUCCUUUUUAUUAAGUAUAACUUGUACCUUUCAAUAAUUGAAGAAACUAAUAUCCUUUUUCAGGUUCAGUAUAAAUAAACAUAGAAAGUGUUCUAAGACCAUCGCUAGAUUUUGCAAAUUCUGUAUAAUUGUAUUAGAUUUAGAAAGGAAAGAGAAAAUGCUAAUGCCUUGACUUAACUAGAAAUAGUUUAUCAGUGUAAAUAUACAAUGGUGAACAUUAUGUCUCAGACAGGUCUACUUAGUAAAUAAUCCUUUUGCUGAUACAAACUGGUAUAAAGCAGAACACUCUUCCGUAGCAGCAAAUUUCCCUAGAGCCAAAUUGGUGUUAGAAUAGGGAUGAUAUAAAUAAGUUUUAAAAGCUGAGCUGGUCUAAGGGACAUCAUCAAGUUCCUUGAUAGUAUUAUUCAUUAGAUAAUUCAGAGUUAACACAGAAAUACUUGUCAGCUGACAGCUCUCCACUGGUUUUCAGUUGGAUGUGAUUGAUAGUUCAAGGAUUUGAGUUCCUUGCCAAGUUGUUUGUUCUUACUUUUUAGUAAUUUUUCCAGUAAAUUGAAUACAAAUACUUUGCCAAAAGCAGCAAAGUGCUCAUGCUCUGUUCAGUGUGUCUUCUGGGUGGUCUGCCAUUGCUGUAAAUAUUCUUGCAGAGGUCACGUUCUGAAAACGUGUUUGAUUUUGUGUACUUUGCUUGCAUGUAUGUGUGAAAACUCCAGUGCUCGUGCACAGAUUCAGAGGUGUAUUUGCUUAUUCCUGUGUAUGUAGGUCAGGGUUUGUGUGCUCUCACUGGAAUUUCCAUGCAUAUAUCACUUCUAAAAACAUUACCUUAAAACUUUGAAGAUGCAUUUGGUCUGCUGAAACUUGUCUGUGCUGUGACAGAUUGAGUCAUUUAACUCAGUCCUUAAACAGUAUUACUAUCGUAAGUUCUUUAGAGUAGGGAUUGCCUUGGAGUUUAUUUCUGAGCAGAAGGAGAGCUCUGAGUUUUCUCAAGCCUGAUCAGAACACUUAGGUGCCAAUGUUAAUAUGUGUUGUGAUACUGGACAGCACUGCAACUCCAGCGUUCAUGUCAUAUCUGCAGUUGUAGCAACAGAUCACUAUGUUGUCAGGAGCAGAAUUAGAAAUCAUACUAGGUUUUGGGGGGUUUUGUCUGGAAGCAGUGAUUACACUGCUUUUUCACAGUAGUAAAUCCACUCUUUACAAGCUCCAUUUUUAAUGGGGGACACCUAAAAAUAUGUAGGGGACAAGCCUGCUUCGUUCAUAGUCAUUUACAGUUAGGUAAAUCUAGGUGGAUGACAGUUCAUUCUAUUGAGCUUUGGUAACUGAAAUUAAUACAUGCUUACCUGCAAUUAUCUGUCAAACAGUGAAGUCUUUAAGUAGCCCAGAAGAAAGCUAUUUGUCACUUGUAUAAUAAAAAUGUAAACCUUAAAGCAUUCUGUGAGUUGUCAUGUGCUGUUAGCCGAAGUUACUGAGUUUCUUUGCCUGCUCUGAUGUUUUUGUACAGGAGUUUGUCUGAAAUAAUAAAAAGUUUGCUACAGUAA